AUGAUCGGUUCGAAAGUGUCAGCUUCAUCCUCUACAAUUGACAGUGAUUUUGAUUUGGUCAGCGCACAUUCUAUGAUUAAUACUUUAAAAUUAAAAAAGUGUAUUGAUUCUCCAAGUAACAAAGAAAAUUUUUUAACAUCAAAAAGCAAAGCUUCUUCCUCACAGAAUAAUUCAAAAAAACUUCCAAACACUUCUCAAUUAAACAAAGAAACUAAUUCGAAAGACAAUGCUGUUCUUCUCCAGAAACUUAAACAAGCCAAAAAGGCCCUAGCCAAAUAUCAGGAAGACAAAAAUCGUUUGGAAUCUGAAUUAACUCAAAAUCGUUCUUUAAUGGCUCAAAUUUUGUCUUGCCAAAUUACGGCAAAGAAUAAGACCCGUGUUAAGAAUUCGUCACGUCCGAAAGAAUAUUUUCCGUCAGAUGAUCGUUGUGUUGGGAUUAAGACAUUUGAUUCACUUGCUUGGAUUCCUUUGCUUGAAAGACUUGAAGAAGAACAGGUUGAUAUCUUUGUCCAAGUGCCUCCUCCAAUGAUACCGCGACUUCUGGAUGGUAAAGGCGGCCUUAUUUCUCAGACUAAUAGUUCAGUUGCCACUCCGCCAUUUUGCAUUAUUCUCUUACCUUUUAGUCAUGUUACGAGUCUGUUAAUGUUUUAUUUACGCGAGAUAGCUCUAGACAACCUCACACUUUUAUUGUUGGACGAAGCUGAUUUACUCAUUCAUGAUGUUGAUUUUGUUCGUUGUUUUAUUGAAAUUCAAUCACUUUCUUGUUUUUAUCGGACUUUGAUGUUCAGUCGAACAUUGGAUAAUCAGACAAGCCCUCUUUUAUCUGAUAUUUUAAAAGUUGGGUACAAGACGCUAUUAAUCGGUGAACGAGCAUUUGAAAUGAGUCAUAGCAGUUUAAAUUAUUCUGAACAAAGCGAAGGCCGUCUUAUUGAUUUUGAUGAAGAAUCCUCUGUUUCUGAAAACGAAUUGAAUCAAACUGGACAUUCAAAUGAAUUACCUGAACAACAACAGGGAGAUAAUGAGACUAUUGAUGUCUUUAUAAAUUUGUCGACAUUAAAUGAUGAAGAGGAAGAUAUCAUUGUAUCAAAUUCUGAAUUAUCUCAACCAUCAGAAACUAAUGAAUUAAGUGAAAACGUGGAAGAACAGAAUUUAAUUUCGAAUAAAGACAGUUGGCCACUUGAAUUCAUUAAUAUUCGCCCUCCACCACCUCCUGCAAUGUUGCCUUUUUACAUGGAAAAUAAUGAAGAAAUAAAUUUUAACGAACAAGGGACUUCUUACCAAAUUUACAACAAUAUUGAGAAUGAUCAACACCAGCAUGGUCUGUCGUCAUUUUUUGAAAUUGAGGAACAAAAUCUGCAAAGAAAUGGGCUUUUAAUUGAUAUUGACCAGAGACAAUCUACUAGUACUCUUGGAGAAGCUUAUCAAAGUUGUUUGGCAUCAUUUAAAAGUGCUUCGACACACACUUCAAUUUCAAAUCUCAGUUCUUUCACCAAUGCAAAUGUUAUUUCUCGUCAUAAUCAAAUGCUCAAUAAUACUUCAAAUCGCCAGCUUCAAUUAAAGCGUUAUCGAACAAAAUCGUAUGGAAAAGCAAAAAUUGGAAAACUUGCUCCCGAAUUUACUGCGGAUGCUGUUGUUGAUUCUGAUUUUAAGACUAUUUCAUUGUCUGACUACAAAGGCAAAUAUGUUGUGCUCUUCUUUUAUCCGCUUGACUUUACUUUUGUUUGUCCGACUGAAAUAAUUGCAUUUUCUGAGAGAAGCGGUGACUUUACCAAAAUUAACGUUCAAUUAUUGGCUUGUUCUACUGACUCUAAAUUUAGCCAUUUUGAAUGGAUCAAUAAGCCACGUAAGGAGGGAGGACUGGGAGAAAUGAAAAUUCCUGUUCUUUCUGAUCGAAAUAUGAAAAUUGCUCGUGAUUAUGGAGUUCUUAAAGAGGAUGAGGGAAUUGCCUAUCGUGGAUUGUUUAUCAUUGAUCCUAAAGGAAUUCUUCGUCAAAUUACUAUUAAUGACCUUCCUGUUGGACGUUCUGUUGAUGAGACUCUUCGUCUCGUUCAAGCUUUUCAAUAUACGGACAAACAUGGAGAAGUCUGUCCAGCUAAUUGGAAGCCAGGAAGUGAUACUAUCAAACCAGAUCCUAACAAAAGUAAAGAAUAUUUUGGUAAACAAUAAAUUGAGAGAGGUUAUUUUUGGAUAAAAUAAUUUAAAUAAGAAAAUGAAAGG